AUGGCGGCCCCCAGACCCUGUGGGGACUCCGUCCUGAAAGAUGUCGUGGCCUAUGUUGAAGUGUGGUCAUCCAAUGGAACAGAAAAUUACUCAAAGACAUUUACAAACCAACUUGUGGAUAUGGGGGCAAAGGUUUCAAAAACUUUUAAUAAACAAGUAACUCAUGUUGUGUUCAAAGAUGGAUACCAGAGCACUUGGGACAAAGCUCAGCAGAGAGGGGUAAAGCUCGUUUCAGUGCUCUGGGUUGAAAAAUGCAGGACGGCUGGCGUACAUGUUGAUGAAUCAUUAUUCCCUGCAGCUAAUUCUCAUGAACACUUACCAAGUCUAAUUAAAAAAAAACGUAAGUGUAUGCAGCCCAAAGAUUUUAUUUUUAAAACACCAGAAAAUGAUAAAAGAUUUCAGAAGAAAUUUGAGAAAAUGGCUGAAGAGCUACAAAGGCAAAAAACAACUCUAGAUUAUGAUGUACCUAUUCUCUUAUUUGAAUCCGAUGGUUCAUUGACAUAUAGUCCCACAAGCAAUAUUAAAAUUAGUCACGACAGUGCAAUGGAGAAGAGAUUACAAGAGAUGAAGGAGAAAAGGGAAAAUCUUUCCCCUACCUCUUCCCAAAUGAUCAGACAGUCUCAUGAUAAUCCAGGUAAUUCUCUGUGUGAAGAAGCAUCUUUGAAUAUUUCACAUGAUACUUUGUGUUCAGAUGACUCCUUUGAUGGUGGUUUACACUCAUCUUUUGAUGAUCUUUGUGGAAACUCAGGAUGUGGAAAUCAAGAAAGGAAAUUAGGAGGAUCCAUUAAUGUUAACAGUGGACCAGCAGGACAUGAUGUUUUACAUGGCUCAUGUGAAGGCUUGAAGGGCCUCAUCAGACCUCAUGAGGAACCAAAGAAAAAUGGGAAAGGCAAAAAGCCAACAAGAACAUUAGUCAUGACAAGCAUGCCAUCUGAAAAGCAGAAUGUCGUCAUCCAGGUUAUGAAUAAAUUUGAAGGCUUUUCACUUGCACGGGAAGUCUGUGAGACUACCACUCACGUGCUCUGUGGGGAGCCCGUCCGCACCCUGAAUGUGCUGCUGGGAAUCGCGCGCGGCUGCUGGGUUCUCUCUUACGAAUGGGUGCUAUGGUCUUUGGAAUCGGGUCACUGGAUUUCUGAGGAGCCAUUUGAACUUUCUACCUACUUCCCUGCAGCUCCUGUGUGCCGACAUGAGCGCCUUUUGUGUGCAGGGCAGUACCGGGGAACCCUCUUCGCUGACCAACCAAUGCUGUUCAUCUCGCCGGCCAGCAGCCCACCCAGGGCCAAGCUGUGUGAGCUGGUGCACCUGUGUGGAGGCCGGAUCAGCAGAGCCCCCCGCCAGGCCAGCAUCGUCAUCGGGCCACACAGCGGAAAGAAGAAAGCAACAAUCAAGUAUCUGUCAGAAAAAUGGAUCUUAGAUUCCAUCACUCAGCACAAGGUCUGCUCCCCUGAAGACUACCUAUUGCUGCAAUGAUGGAGACAUCAUCGGCCCGUGGCAACUGCAGGCAGCUCGCCAAGCUGUCUUUGGACGUUCAAAUGAAAAACAGCACC